GAAAGAAAGAAAAGAAUGGGAUUCAAACUCCUUGGAAGGGAACAGAAGCCUGUCUCCAGGCUCACUCAAGGCUAUCUUCUCACCCUCAAGCACCAUCUCCACACUUGAGUUUGCACACCAGCCAUGGAGGACUCACCAUGUUAGCUGCCCAGCACAGCCUUUCCUGCCUCUGGUCCAUUUAUUCGAGGUGCACCCUCACCUGUGAUAACCCUUCUCUCAGCCUACCUAGAUCUUCCCAUGGUCCCUGUAGCUCUAAAUCUCACUCUGCCAUGAACUCUUCCUGAUCUGCCCUGUCAGAACCAGCCUCCGCCCCCUCACCUUGGUGUUCCCACAGCACUUUGUUUAUACCAACAUUAUAACAGUAAUCUUAUUUUCACUCUUUUGCCUUUUCCUUUUGUAUCUAUAGAAGCCUGUUUCUCAUGUGUAAGCUCUGGAAUGCAGGGCCUCUAUCUCAUUUGGGUUGGCAUCUUCCAUUCCAUAACCCAGCACUUUUUAAGAGAUCCAUUAUUGUUAAAAUGGCAGCAUAAUAUCAUGCAGAACAGUGACUCUUAGACAUUGCAGGGCCCUGGGUAAUUUCUGCCCAUGAGAAUUUUGCUUAAUUGGUUAUAUUUUAGGGUGCUCAGAAUAAUCCAUAGAUUCAACAAAUAUUUAUUGAGCAUCUAUUAUGUUCCAGAUUGUAGUAGGGACACCCCAGAAGACAGAAGACCUCAGUUCUCAUAGAACUUAACAUUCUGUGGGAAGGAGGUCAAUUAAAAAAAUAAAUAAAGUAAAUAGUUUUAGAUAGAUAGUGAAAUGUACCAUGAAGAAAACAAAUCAACAUUUAGGGGACAGGCAGCUCUGUUAGCUGGGGUGAUCAGAGAAGCCUCUCUGAGAACAUGUGAGCAGACCUAAAUAUUGAGAAUCAUGCAGUCAAAAAAGGACCUCAUAGCAUCAUGUGUCACACUGAAGUGAGAACAGGAGGCACUAAUGAGCUCCACAUCUUCAAGGAAAGAAAGGAAAGUCUGUCUGGUUGGAGCACAGAGUUCCAGUAGCAGAAGAGUGGGAGGCUGUGACCAGAUCAUGGAGGUGAACGCGAGAAGUCUGUAUUGAAAUACCCGUAUCUGAUGUCUACUGUGUUGGGAAACAGGGUUCGUCAUGAACUGUUGUGAUUACACUAAAUAAUAGAAUUGAUUGCAUUUGGUGUUAUGAGUACUCUAAAUCCAAAUGGGAGUGUUCUGCACUCAGAAAACAAUAGAAUCACAAGGUCACUGUUAGGUACAUUGAGGGAGUGCUGGCAUGUUCAUUCUUCCUGAAUUUUCUUGAAAGCACAGCCAUGGCAAUUGUUUACUGGAACCUUGGGAACUCAUCAGCUGUCCUCUGCACCAUUUUUGCUCAGUUUCCCUGAUAUUUCUCACUCUUCUCCAUACCCUCAAGCCACUGAGACAGUCACUUGCUGAACCUUGUCUUCACUUGUCACAUUGGCUGAUUCUGCGUGAGUGAUCUGAUUCGCUUCAUUGGCAGUCUUACACACUCACACAGGUACCCAGACCUUACGAAACUCUUUGUAACCUUGUGCUUUUGAGAGAUCUAAUUAUGAUAUGUUGAAAUGUGAUAAAAAUAGUAGAAUUCCCAAACUCUAGAGUGUGAAAAAAGGCAACCUGAGGAAUGAAAUCUGUGGAGUGCCCGUCCGGUGUCAGGUGUUUUGUUGGACAUUUUAUGCAAGCUUAUUAUCAGCUCCACUUUUUAGAUGAAGCAACAGGUUCAGAGAGUUUAACACAUGUGGUAAACACACAGUCCAAAAUCACACAACUGGCAAGUGGACUCCAAAGUCCAUUCUCUUUCCAUUUAAAACUGUGUUUUAGUGGUUAAGAGUGCAGACUCCUGGGGCCAAACUGCCAUUGGAUGUGAAUCCAGGUCCAGUUAGCUUUUGACUGCCACAUAUGGACCCCAAAAGAUCUCCAAAGGAAACUGUCCUCAUUACAGGAGGAGGUGGCUAUUUUGGUUUUCGGCUGGGCUGUGCUCUGAACCAAAAGGGAGUCCAUGUGAUUCUGUUUGACAUAAACAGCCCUGCUCAAACCAUUCCAGAAGGAAUCAAGUUUAUACAAGGAGACAUCCGCCACAUGUCUGACGUAGAGAAAGCCUUCCAGGAUGCAGACGUCACUUGUGUGUUCCAUAUUGCCUCUUAUGGUAUGUCAGGGAAGGAGCAACUCAGUCGAAACCCAAUCGAAGAAGUCAACAUCAGGGGCACAGAAAACAUCCUCCAGGCUUGCCAAAGGAGAAUGGUACCCAGGUUAGUUUACACCAGCACUUUCAAUGUCAUCUUCGGAGGUCAAGUUAUCAGAAAUGGGGAUGAAUCUCUGCCCUACCUGCCUCUUCACCUCCACCCUGAUCACUACUCUCGGACCAAAUCUAUUGCAGAGAAGAAGGUGCUGGAGGCAAAUGGUACACCCCUGAAUGGAGGUGAUGGUGUCUUAAGAACCUGUGCUCUGAGGCCAGCUGGCAUCUAUGGGCCUGGAGAACAAAGACACCUUCCCAGAAUAGUCAGCUACAUCGAGAAGGGUCUGUUCAAGUUUGUCUACGGGGACCCUGGGAGCCUGGUGGAGUUUGUCCACGUGGAUAACUUGGUGCAGGCUCACAUUCUGGCCUCAGAAGCCCUGAGAGCUGACAAAGGCCAUAUUGCCUCUGGACAGCCCUACUUCAUCUCAGAUGGCAGACCUGUGAACAACUUUGAGUUCUUCCGGCCUCUGGUUGAGGGCCUGGGCUACACGUUCCCAUCUACCCGCCUGCCAUUGACCUUGGUCUACUGCUUUGCUUUUCUAACAGAGAUGGUUCACUUCAUUUUGGGUCGACUCUACAACUUCCAGCCCUUCCUCACUCGCACUGAAGUUUACAAAACUGGUGUGACACAUUAUUUUAGCUUAGAGAAAGCCAAGAAAGAGCUAGGUUAUCAGGCUCAGCCAUUUGACCUCCAGGAAGUAGUGGAGUGGUUUAAAGCCCAUGGUCAUGGCAGAAGUUCUGGAAGUUGUGACUCGGACUGUUUUGUUUGGGAUUGGCUAUUGGUCUUCCUCCUGAUUAUGGCAAUUCUCACUUGGCUGCUUUCUGUGAUUCUGCUGCUUUGAAGGAGGGGUCAGAAAUAAGCUGAUCACAAUUGGCUGAGGUGGUUCUCAAGAAACAUGGGUUUUAAAAUGUGUACAGUGAUAUCUGGUGCCAAACAUUGGCUCUUCAAAUUGCCACUUAAGAACAGGUUCUUGGAUUGAAUCUUUAUUGCUUACUACCUUGCACUAAUCCAGAUGGGAAUGAAACAAAGAAGGAAAGAUUAGUUUGAAAUUUGAUUUCUUACAUCCUUCUGUUUUAGGUGGGUACAAGAGAAGUCAGUUGGGAGCCGUAGAAGUUGGGUUAGAAGAGUCUGUCUCGAAUUUCUCAGAAAGCAAGAUGUACUUAUUUCCAUUUUAUGCACUCUGCAUCUACCCAAAACCUCUGAGUGAUGUGGGAAUGGCAAAACACUGCUUCAAAGUGUGUGAAAAACACCAAAUUGGCACAGAUCCCUAGCAGAGCAAUCCUCCAAGGGGAUGGUGGCUGUUGCUGGGGAGGCAUGAGCUAUUCACAGUGUAAGUUUUAGGUGUUAACAUUUGCCCUUUGUGAUAUCAGGGCAUUAUGCCUUUGUGAACACAUGGUAAUGUUUCGUGUUUGGGCCUUUAUCCUACCUCAUGGGAUUCUUUUGAGGAUUAAUUAGACAAAGCAUACAAAGUACUCCUCGACACACAAAGCCAUUCUUUUUAUCGGAAUUGUAAUGGUACAUUCCUCAUUGUUCUCUUUAGAGGGCUGUUGCUGCUGGGCUUUCUGGAAUGUCUUUAGGUGUGCCCUCAGAGCCUGCAACAAGUAUUUUUGGAUAUACUCUCUUUGUAAAGUUUUGGCCUCUGAGAAGGCCAAAAGGAAGCAGCUGAAAAUCUGAUGAUUAAAGGAGGCAAUCAGGCUGAUGCCAUUUUAAAUUUAAGAAUGAAGCAUAACUGUAAACUCGUAGACAGGUUUUCUUACUGGGAAGAAGUUUGGCUUACUGAAGACAGCUUCCGGUGAGGAAUGUAUUGAACAAUGGCAGCACUGUCUGGCCACCCACGAACUGUUAUAGACGUUCCAGUUACACUGUUGCAUAGGACCCCAAGUGGAAAGAAGACAGAGUCCAUCUCCAUCCAGGGCUCCAGCUACAGGAAGGAUAGUAUGGAAGCAUUACAAGGGGGACACAUUGCCAUGGAAAGUUCUGCUAGAGCUACUCUGAGAGUAUCUGUAAAAUGCAAAUAGAACGCACAAUCCCUGUUGAAUGAUGCCUGGAUGUUUUCAGAAAAGCUCUGAACUUGAUGUCAGGAGACCAACACCAUGAAUAUCAUGUGUGGCCUUACCAAGGAACAGAAGCCCCUUAGAACUUCGCCUCCUCACUUGGGAGCUGGGACUGACUGGAUUUGCCCUUUCUAUAAACCCACGCACCUCGUAGGGUUCACUGGGAGCAUAAAGCAAGUUGUGGUGAAAGUACUUUUAAUAUAAAUUGCAAUAUCGA